CGUAGUAUUUUCAAAGAGGAAAACCCCAUAACAAGCCAACAUGGCUGAUACAUUAAAAAAUGUUUAUGAAAAAUACAAACAGUCUGUCAGAGAUCAUCCUGACAAAGUAGGCCAGGUGGAGACGACUGUUCGUUUGUUGUCAUAUCUUGUUGCAGGAAGAUUUGGAAAUUCCCAAGUGUUAUCCGAAUUGAUGUAUACUGCUUCAAACCUGCUAGUUCUUCUCAAUGACGCUAUACUCAAACAGAAGUCCAAGAUUGUACCUAAAGUUCCUGUGUCUCAGGAACGCUUGUGUCAGCUGCUGACUGUACUGGAGUAUGUGGAAGUGUUUGUCGAGAUCACUGCAAUGCGACUGUGGACGCCCCUGGGAAGAUGGCUUGUAAUCGCAGCCAUCCAGAUAGCAAAGGCAGCUCUUCGAUUCUUCCUCCUGGUGAAAUACAAGUCUGGUAUUCAGCCAACUCCACCUAUUGCUCCUAUUGACAGAGGAAGUCUUAGCAUGUCAGGUGCAGAGGAGGAAGAUAAAGAAAUUUCACAGGCUGAAGAAAUUAUUGCUGGCAUUGAACAACACACUGAAACGAAAAGUCCAGUGACGUUUACGCUAAAAAGAUCAGGAAAAACUGUGAGGACUAUAUCCGCAGCUCCUGCUAUGAACAUGAGGACGUGGUCCCUGUCAAACCUGCAGACAGGUGUGAAGAACCAAAGACAACAGCUGACUCCCACUGUACUUAACAGACAGAGAGUGUGGGCCGAGAGCAUCCACAUCGCAAAGCCUCUCAUUCACUUGGCUAGCUUGUAUGCUUGUGGCUUCUCAUCAUGGAAACCUUGGCUUUUAUCCUGCGGCUUGGAUGUGACGAGUCUGUGUAUGAUGGGAGAACCUGACGACCUGAAUGUCAAUGAGAAAGCCGAGUUGAGACGUCGGACAUUUAUGCUUCUCUUCUACCUGUUGCGGUCGCCAUUCUAUGACAGAUACUCACAAGCCAAGAUUAUUUUUCUUCUAAAAAUCUUUGCAGACAAUAUUCCUGGCAUGUCUCUUUUCAUCAAACCAUUCAUGGAGUAUCUUCCAGCAUGGCAGAAGGUGUAUUUCUACAUUUGGUCAACGUAGCUUGCUGCUGGUUGUGAUUCACCUUCAUAUCCCUAUCGGACACUCUAACGGACACUCCAGUGUGCUUUUGUUUAUCAUUUACAUUUACACCAACCAAUCAUAUUGCAUGAGGGAACAAAAUUAUGUUUUCCUAUGGAAAUUGCACACUAAUCGAAUCAUGUAUUAAUUAUUGAUUAGUCCAGUGUUUUUAACAUUGGCCUGUACUUAAUGUAUUCAGAAAUAAUUGUUUGCCAUUUGCUUUAAAUUUGUAUUUUCUUUUAUGUUUUUAAUUUUGAGACAUCUAAAACAAUGUGUGACACCAGAUCUCCCCAUUAAAAAAAAAAUUGAGGGGAGUGAUCAACUGCUCCCCCGACUUAGAUUAUAGGGAGCCAUUAAAGAUAUCAACAUAUUGAGCAUUGAUAUUUUAAUUCUUUUGAGGUACUUUUUUUUUUUUCAAUUUACAUGCUAAGAGAUGCUAAAAAUUGCUCUCGUUGAGCUAAUACCAGGGGAGUAAUAGGGAGCCUGAGUGAUUGUUCCCCUUUAACAGUGAGAUCUGGUGUGUGUGAGGGGGAGGGAGAGAGUGCGUGUGUGUGAGUAACUGAGACAGAGAGAUGGACACUACGGUUAUAGAGUUUGCAAGUGAGACCAAUAGAUGGACAUUACUGUCAAAAAAGUUAUAAAAUUUAAAUAUUACAAAAAUCAUAAACAUUAUACAUGUGUAAUUUAGUUAAGAAUUGUCAUUGUGAAUAUUGUUUGUUUUUUUCACAACUGGCUGCAUAUGAUAAUAAAGAUAUAUACUAUUACUAACCA